CUUUCUUUACGAUUGUCGAAUCAUUUCUUCCAUCAUUUUCCGUUCAGUUGUCAUUUUUUGAUUGGGGUUUAGGUUUCGAUUAUUAAAUUUUCUUCUUUUGAUGGUAUCUGAUUAUUCCCCCGAUCAACAUGAUUUGCAGUUCGCCACUAGGUUUUUGAUUCAUUUUAUGAGGUCUCAGCCUUUUCUUCUUGCUGUAGAGAGCUUUUCUAGCUGCGUUGGCUGAUAUCUAUAAUGGAAGACGGCGAGCUUGAAUCCUCGAAUCCUGAAGUGUUUUCGAGUUCGAAUGCCGUUGAGUUUCUGAGUAGCUGCUCGAUGGAUAGCUUCUUCGAUGAGAUUCUUAAGGAUACUCAUGCUUGCACGCAUGCUCAUACUUGCAACCCUCCUGGUCCUGAUUAUUCACAUACGCACACAUGUUUUCAUGUUCAUACUAAAAUUGUUUCCUCCCCCACCGAAGAAAAGGUUUCCACAGAUGACACGGCGGAAUCUGUGGAUAAGAAGACUAAGAAACGCCCGCUUGGUAAUCGCGAAGCGGUUCGUAAAUACCGUGAGAAGAAGAAGGCAAGAGCUGCAUCAUUGGAAGAUGAAGUUGUGAGAUUGAGGAGCCUGAAUCAGCAACUUUUGAAGAGAUUGCAAGGUCAGGCUGCAUUGGAGGCUGAGAUUUCGAGGCUCAAAUGUUUGCUUGUGGAUAUUAGAGGAAGAAUUGAAGGGGAGAUUGGAACAUUUCCUUAUCAGAAACCAGCCAAUUCAGAUCUUCCCAAUCAAAAUAUGUCUGGUAGUUACAUGAUAAAUCCCUGUAACGUGCAGUGCAAUGAUCUGCCGUAUUGCCUUCAUCCAGGGGCCGAUGGAAAAAGUGGAGAGAGCGUUUUGUUGAAUGGGCAAAGCUUCAGUGGCUGUGACUUUGAAAAUCUUCAGUGCUCGGCUAAUCAAAACACCGGAGGAACAAAGGAACUUCCUGAUUGUGGAUUAGGGGACACAGUUUCUAACAUCAAUUGCGCCGAAUUUAAUCAGAAGAAAGGUGUCUAUGAAAGAAUCUGUCCAAGUUAUGUGUUAUAAAAGUUUGAACUCGAUGUUCCCUGUUGAAGCAAAACCCGGCUGGCUCAUGAAGAUCUCUCUACUACCAUCUUAGGUUCUUUUCAUAUUUUGCUUGCUAGACUCUUGUUAGUUGGCGCAGCUUUCAUUUGUUGAGUGUUCAAAUUAAAUGUAAUCAUUUUCAGCUGCCAUUCAUCUUCUCAUCAUCUGAUAUGUGAGAUUUAUUAACGCUCAUUUUCCUUUUGGGGUGUAAAAUUAUAUGCAAUUUUUUUCAUAUAUGUUCCAUAAGCAUCAGUGAAACAGUAUGAAUAUUGGUUUCUAUCAUAUUUCCUUCCUUAU